UCGACAUGCUGGUCGGAUGUGAAAAGAUGUGAUCGUGGUGCUUACAUAAGCGAUCUACUCUAUCUACUGUAGUGACUGGUGAGUUGCUCACGGCGUAACCCCUGCUAGCUCGACAAACCCGGAGCUGACGAAAGCCAUGUACACGAAUAUCUGUGUUUGCGGCGUAGAGGCCGGAGGACGCUCGACUCGCGCCUUUCCUCAUCUCCGCAAUGGCCAACCCACGGACCAAAGUCGUGUGAAGGGCCGAAGUCUCCGCCCCCGAGUCUAUUUGCAGUCUGGGAUCAUCGAGCAGGGACCAUCUGUGGUGACAGUAACAGACAGCGAGACGACUCCCUUGGGUCUUUCACACCCUCCACCUCUGUCCGCUCUCUCCGACCGCUGGUGUUCGCCAUGGGCAGCUCGGCCCGGCACGACUACGACCUGAGCCUGCUCGUUGAUGUUGCUCCAAUCUCCAAACCUCAAAUGCAGCGCGGCUACGAUGCGUCCCUCCUUGCACCCAACCGCCGCCUGCGCCCUCCCCACUCUGAGCAGCAGCAACUUGCGGUUGCAUCUCCUGUGAUCAGUCCCGUAUCCGUAUCACCAACCGACGAAAAACUUCGCGUGCUGGCCGAAGAAGGGUCGUUCUGGGGCAGUCCUCGUAGAUGGUGGGCUCGGCCAAUCGUAGCGGUGCUCAUCGUUUUCACCGUCGUCGGCGCGGUCGUUGGAUCUUCCGUCGCGGUGACCGCGGCGCAGCGGCGGCGCCAAGCGCCUGCUCUGACCAGUGCGGCGGUAUCUGCGAGCACAUUGCAUGUGGCACAACCCACCGUUUCUUUCUCGGCGGAGCAAGUGGCCAGCGUAGGACCGGCAUCUAAUGCCCCAACGGCGGGACCCACGCUUGAUGGGGUUGACAGCGUCGAGGCUGGCGCAGCGGCAACCUCAGACUUGUUUACGUCUCCUGCUCAGAUCACGGGCCGAUCCCAUUUCGCCGCUUCGUGA